AUUGGUUUAUGCUCGGACUGUUGAUUCAACUAGGAAACCCUAAACCUUGUCUGUACACCGAAGAAAGCCCCGAGGCGAACGAUGGCGAGAUCGCGGAGGAAGUAUAAGAAAUGUCGCCCGAAGGUGCGGGUGGGACUACCAAGGAAGAAGCCUGGCGUCUUCAAGCCAACCUUCACGAUCCCGGAGGAGCUUCUCUCGCUCGCCGCCGCCUCUUCGGACGCUGCAGGCGAGAAGAAGAACAUUUUCUGGGACGAUAAGGGUAGCUACCUUCGGAACUACCGCACCUUCGGCGUUGUCGCAAAUCCUAACCUCCUUGGCGUACGUGCCCGCACCACGGAUAUCGUUCAAAGCGCCGAACUCCAGCUUCCUGACCGCGAUGCGGCACCUGUUUCGGAGUUUGAUCCGGUUGACAACGGAAGCGAUCUCGAAUCCGAAGACUUGAAAACUGCUCUGGGGAAGAAGCGCCGGGACGGCAAAGCUGCACCACUGCAACCUUUGACAACCAUGCAAAGGGUUCAUAUUGGCAAUUUGGUUAUGAAAUACGGAGAUGACUACCAAGCCAUGUUCAUGGAUACUAAGUUGAAUUCGAUGCAGCAUUCAGUUGCAACAUUGAAGAACCUCUGCCAGAGAUACGAUGUUCAGAGGAAGCAUUAUAUUACAUCUUAACAGAUUGAUAUUUGAAAUUAAUUUAUCGAGAUGCUUCAGAAGUUUUCAAUCCUUCCUGCAUUUGAUGCAUGAACACUACCUUCAAUGGGUGGUGUUGUGUGCAUAUCUAGGGUUUAUACAGUUGGUUUUGUAUUAGUAGAUUUGGGCUUUUAGCAAUUUUUAUUUAUCUCCUCUUUGAUAUGUUGUGUUGCCAAUCCUGGUUGUGGAGACAUCGGUUGACUAAUCUUUACUAUUUUUGAAGCAAUGGAGGACUGAUUUUUGAAGAGAUUUGAGUAUUGAGUA